AUGUCAAGCUCGGACCGAACAUGUUGUGGCGUCGUAGAAGAGGCACGCUUGCGAGCACACCACCGAAGAACCCACAAACCACAGCCUUGGAUCGUUCUCAAGUUCGCCGUUGGGCUGACAUUAGCUCUAAUUGCGUAUACAAGUUAUGUGUAUGUCGGUAUAUUCUGUAAGGAUAUGAUUGUAAAGAAUGAGAGUGCAUUGGGAAGUCCAACUACCGGCAUCGUGUUUCUGGUAGUAUUCUGCCUCCUUCUGUUGAUGGUUUUAUGGUCGUAUUUUGCGGUCGUGACCACAUCACCAGGGUAUGCAGCGAACUUUGUAGAAAAGACAGAGCUUGAGCGGCCGGAACAUCUGCCAGCGCAUGGGCAACAGCCCGCUACUAUCAGUGACACUCGUGGAAUGUCUUUUGAGCUUAUGCCCCCUGCGGCCGACCUAUCUAAUAAUGCCACAGCAUUGUCAAAUUCAGGAAAUACUAUACCUGUGAUGCCUCCCGCUGUUCCAGCAGCAACGAAUCAAGACAAGACUCUUCGCCACCACGGUACAUCUACCCCUGGUGAAGCACACAUCGUGGACGUACCCACUGAUCCUGAAUCCAUGCACGUCCCGGGUCCUGCACCACUCUCAUCCCACGAAAACUUCUACGACCCCAGCUUAGAUGCGUCCACAUCACCGUUCUCGCGCCGGCCAUCAACGACACCUGUCCUUGCCCCCGAGUAUCGUUUUUGUACUAAAGACAAAAUCAUCAAGCCUCCUCGCACACAUCACUGCCGAGCUUGCGGCACAUGCGUCCUAAAGUAUGAUCACCACUGUCCAUGGGUUGGACAUUGCGUCGGUGCUUACAAUCACAAGUUUUUUGUUAAUUUUGUACAGUGGGCAGCGAUACUCUCCUUUUGGAUGUUCGCAACUGUCUUAGGUCUCAACAUCAAGUCACGGACGAGAUCCUCGGCUCCGGCAAUCAACCCACAACAUAUUGUUUUAUUAGCCCUAACAGCUCUCUUCGGCCUUUUCUGUUUCCUCAUGUUCCUGACACAUGUGCAACUAAUUAUGUUGAACCAAACAACGGUAGAAUCCCUUGGAUUCAGAUCAAUGCAGGAGCGUGAGCAGGAUAAUCUGGCACGUAUGCACCAUUGGUAUGAUUGUGGAGCUAAGAGACGAACGCGGAGACGUUGGGAUAAGGAAUGGGGUAGGGUCGGCAAAGAGGGUAACCUCUGGUGGCUGGGAAGCCGUCGGGCAAACUGGGAAAGUGUAAUGGGCAAGAACGUGUGGUGGUGGUUCUUGCCAGUUGGUCGUGGACUCGAGGAUGGAGUGAACUUUCCCACAAACCCACGAUUUGACAAGCAAGGGAGAUGGAGAAGAAGACGAGAGUGGCCUUCUGACCUACGAUGA